AUGGAGGACGAAACAGCACUACGAAGAACCUGUUGCCAAACCUUGGGAAAGGCCUUAAAAGGCGAAUUUAAGCGCCAAAAUCUGGGAUUCAGUGGGGCUAACUAUGAACUCUUCCCAUUUUCUCAUGUAGCCCACUCUGUUACUGAAUUUAUUAUCAAAAAUGACCUCAAUUUAUUGUUUAUGAUUAAAAUUUCAGAUGCAAAGGUUUCAAGAUGUCCUGGGGAAAUUCUCUGGUUCUUUUACGGCAUUUCAACGAACACAGUCAUGGUCACAUCUCUUGUCUACUGGUCGGCAUUCUGGAAUCCAGAUUUCUCCAAUUUCUACAAGUCGGACGCGAAAUUCAAACACUCAAUUCCAGCCCUUACUGUUGUCUUAGAUAUAUGUCUAAACGGACUCCCGAUUCGAUUACUUCAUGCUAUAUAUCCAAUGAUAUUCGGUAUACUUUAUUCCACUUUCUCCUAUUUCUACUUCGAUGCUGUCAAUGACGAACCAAUUUACCCGAUACUUGAUUGGAGUAAACCAUUGAAGUCUAUUCUUGCCUGCUCGAUGAUCGUCACAUUCAGUCUUAUCAUGCAGGUUGGUUUACCAAUUCAAAUCAUAGAACAAGAAGCUGAUUUCUAA